AUGCUGCAGCACGGCCAUCCUGGCGGUGUGCCGGCUGUUCUUCCGAUCAUUGGCGCUCCAGUGGUCGGAAAGAGGACUCUGGUCGCCCAUGUAUGCAAGGACGAGAGGGUCCAGUCACACUUCUCUUCGAUUCUGCAUCUGAAUGGAGAUUCCUUGGGUAGAAUCGCAGAACAUGGUAGUCUCAUGUCAGGAAGUAUACUGGUGGUUGUCGAGCUUGUUUCAGACGUCCACGAGGAGGAUUGGGGCAAGUUCUGUUCAGCAGUAGCAACAAGCAUGGAUAAUGGAAGCAAGGUGAUCAUCAUCAGCCGCCUUAAAAAUUCAGAGCGACUCGGAACCGUUGAGCCAAUCUUCCUCAAAACCCUGUCAUACGAGGAGUUCAGCUACCUAUUCAAGACACUAGCAUUUGGGAGUGCGAACCCGGCACAGCACCCACGGUUAGCGCGGAUAGCAGACGAGCUGGCCAGGGAAUUCCAAUCCGAAUGGUCAAUCGGCACUGCAAAUCCGUUUGCGGACAUCAUGAGGAGGAACCUCAGCGUCCAUUUCUGGCUCUGCAUCCUGAGCGGGCUGAGAAGGGUAGUCGAGAGGAACUUAUCCCUGUUUGGGGAGCACCCGAAGCUACUCGCCCGGAGACGCCGCCAGAUAGACGUUACUGACUUGGUCUUACAUCCCAUGGAUUCUCCACUCCGGGUCGUGGCUUCCUGUACCAGUUGCAGCAGCCACACUGAAGUUACGGUGGAAAGGGAAUUGCUUCCGUGGGUGAGGUUUGCGGAUCUGGUGAUGUAUCCUGGAGUUAGACCACAAGGGGAUUUCAAUGUGGUUGUGUGGGAAUCAAGGUUGCCGCCUUACACCUUGUUUGUUCAUUUCACUACAAGUGGAAAUGGUGCUCCAGGUGCGGCGGAACAGAGCACUCCCCUGUCUGGGAGGAAGCGUGCAGCGGUGCAUUUGUAA